AGGGGCGGAGCUAUAUGUCAAAAGCAGCCAAUGGCUGUCCCAGAAGGUGCGUCUCCGCGAGAGCCGCGGCGCGAGCUCUCCCGCGGUGCCUGAGGCUGGAAGAGUGCUAAGUCCAUGGAGCCAAGCGUGGGCGCGAGUACAGAACUUGCUAAGGCUAUCAAGCCCAUUGAUGGGAAGUCAGUCCAUCAAAUUUGCUCUGGGCAAGUGGUCCUCAGUUUAAGCACUGCUGUGAAGGAGUUGAUAGAAAAUAGCGUGGAUGCUGGUGCUACCAGUAUUGAUCUAAGGCUUAAAGACUAUGGGGUGGACCUCAUUGAAGUUUCAGACAAUGGAUGUGGGGUAGAAGAAGAAAACUUUGAAGGUCUAGCUCUGAAACAUCACACUUCUAAGAUCCAAGAAUUUGCUGACCUGAUUCAUGUUGAAACUUUUGGCUUUCGGGGGGAAGCUCUGAGCUCACUCUGUGCACUGAGUGAUGUCACUAUAUCUACCUGCCACGUGUCUGCAAGCAUUGGCACCCGACUGGUGUUGGACCACAAUGGGAAAAUCACCCAGAGAAUUCCCUACCCCCGACCCAAAGGCACAACAGUCAGCGUGCAGCACUUAUUUUAUACACUACCAGUGCGUCACAAAGAAUUUCAAAGGAAUAUUAAAAAGGAGUAUGCCAAAAUGAUCCAGGUCUUACAGGCAUACUGUAUCAUUUCAACAGGCGUCCGUGUAAGUUGCACUAACCAGCUUGGACAAGGAAAACGGCAGCCUGUGGUGUGCACAAGCGGAAGUUCCAGCAUGAAGGAAAAUAUCAGCUCUGUGUUUGGCCAGAAGCAGUUGCAGAGCCUCAUUCCUUUUGUUCAGCUGCCCCCUAGUGACUCUGUUUGUGAAGAGUACGGCCUGAGCUCUUCUAACAAGCCAUGUAAUCUUUUCUGCAUUUCAGGCUUCAUUUCACACUGUACACAUGGUAGUGGGAGGAGCUCAACAGACAGACAGUUUUUCUUCAUCAAUCAGCGUCCUUGUGACCCAGCAAAGGUCUCUAAACUUGUAAAUGAGGUUUAUCACAUGUAUAAUCGACAUCAGUAUCCAUGUGUUGUUCUUAACAUUUCUGUUGAUUCGGAAUGUGUUGAUAUUAAUGUGACUCCAGAUAAAAGACAGAUUUUACUACAGGAGGAGAAGCUUUUGCUGGCGAUUUUAAAGACCUCCUUGAUAGGAAUGUUCGACAACGACGCAACCAAGCUUACUGUCAGCCAGCAGCCGCUGCUGGACAUUGAAGGUAACUUAGUAAAGAUGCGCACAGCAGAAAUAGAAAAGCCUGUGUCGGGAAAGCAAGACAGUUCACCUUCAUUGACGAUCACAGCGCAUGAGAAAAGGGCAGCAUCCAUCUCCAGACUGAGAGAGGCCUUUUCUCUUCAUCCCAACACAGAGCUCAAGCCUUGGGGCACAGAGACCCCUGAACUGAGGCAAAAUUAUCCAAGUCAGAAAAGGGGUGUACCAUCUUCUUGUCCUUCGAAUCUCAUCUCUCCUAGAGGUCUGUGUGGCUCCCAGGACAAAGUGGUGAGCCCCAAGGAAAGCCCUGAAGACUGUAUGGACAGAGUGAAACUAGAAAAAGACUCGGGGCUCAGCAACACCUCAGCCAGCUCUGAAGACGGGCUUAGCACCCCAGAAAUGGCCAGUAACUUUAGCAGUGACUAUGCAGUGAGCUCUCCAGAAAACAGAUCUUCACAGGAAAACAUGGACUGCCCUCCUUCAGGUACAGGACACCAUCUGAAGCAAGAAGGUACGGUUCUGCCUCCACCAAGUCCUCUCUCUUCCUCAAACGCUAAGCGUGUCAAGACAGAAAAAAGACCUUUAAAUACUGGCGUUCCUCCAAAGUUGCUUGAUGCUCGGAACACCUCAGCAGCUCAGGUUGAUGUGGCUGUGAAGAUUCAUAAGAAAAUAGUGCCCCUUGACUUUUCUAUGAGUUCUUUAGCUAACAGGGUGAGGCGGUUACAGCAACAGAAGCAGCGGAAUGAAAGUGAGCAGAGCUACAGGAAAUUUAGAGCCAAGAUUUGCCCUGGAGAAAACCAAGCAGCAGAAGAUGAACUCAGAAAAGAGAUUAGUAAAUCGAUGUUUGCUGAGAUGGAGAUCCUGGGUCAGUUUAACCUGGGAUUUAUAAUAACCAAACUGAAGGAGGACCUCUUCCUGGUGGACCAGCAUGCUGCAGAUGAGAAGUACAACUUUGAGAUGCUGCAGCAGCACACUGUGCUCCAGAUGCAAAGGCUCAUCACGCCCCAGACUCUGAACUUAACUGCUGUCAAUGAAGCUGUGCUGAUAGAAAAUCUGGAAAUAUUCAGAAAGAAUGGCUUUGAUUUCAUUAUUGAUGAGGAGGCUCCAGUCACUGAAAGGGCUAAAUUGAUUUCCUUGCCAACUAGUAAAAACUGGACCUUUGGACCCCAAGAUAUAGAUGAACUGAUCUUCAUGCUAAGUGACAGCCCUGGGGUCAUGUGCCGGCCCUCAAGAGUCAGGCAGAUGUUUGCUUCCCGAGCCUGUCGGAAGUCUGUGAUGAUUGGAACCGCUCUCAACAUAAGCGAGAUGAAGAAGCUCAUCACUCACAUGGGUGAGAUGGACCACCCCUGGAACUGUCCCCAUGGAAGGCCAACCAUGAGGCACAUUGCAAAUCUGGACAUCAUUUCCCAGAACUGAUGCUUGUAGGGUAGAGUUCACUGCAGAUUAUUCUCUGCUAUUUUAAUGCUUCGGAUCCACUUGAAAACAGUGUUAAGCCAGGCAUAGUGGCAUGUGUGCCGCUAGCCCAGCUACUUGGGAGACCCAAGUGGGAGGCUCACUUGAGGCCAGGGGUUUGAGACCACCCUGAGCUACAUUAAUCAGACUCCAUUCCAAAGAGAAAAGAAAAUGAAGCCUUUUCAUCAUGUCUACUGUUAUUGCCUUGAAAUUUAAGUAUGCAUGUGGUGUAUGUGUAUGUGUGUGGUGUAUGUGUGUGGUAUGUGUGUGUUUAGAAGUGGUGUGCAAAAAUAUGCCUUAGAAAACAAGGAGAGCUGUUGUUAAUUUUUUUUUAUUCUAGCCCUACGUUGGAAUGCCAAAAUGUUGUUGGUUGUUUUAUUCUUUUGGGGGGGCCGUCACCCAGCUCCCAAAUAAAUCACACACGUUGUCUUAUUGUUAUUUAUAAAAGCCCGGCUUUAGCUUGGUUUGUUUCUUGCCAGCUUUU